GAUUGUGAAGAACAUAAACGUCAAAACAGGAAGUCUAACGACGUUUAAAAAGACAAUCUAUCCUUAAAAUUGAAUCAAUCUGUUUUGAACAUAAAUUUCAUGAUGUUAUCAUAGUGACAAGCGCUGAAUUAUCGGGAACAAGAAGCCCUCCAACAGGGGACAUCGAUAAGCUCUCGUUUAGUUACGGUCAAAUAAUGAGAAUUCCACUGUUUCUAAAAUCUAUGCUACUCAGUAUCCCAGUUGGGGUAACAUUUUUCGACUGUGUGGGCUACGUUGCCCGUGUCGAAGGCAUUUCAAUGCAGCCCUCUUUGAAUCCUGAUGGAAGUACUGUUACCGAUUAUGUGUUCCUAUCAAGAUGGGCUGUUCGCAACAUGGAAGUUGAUCGAGGUGAUGUUAUAUCGCUGGUGUCUCCGAAAGAUCCAGGUCAAAAGAUAAUUAAGCGUAUUGUUGGACUUCAAGGCGACGUCAUCUCAACUUUAGGAUACAAAGUACCGUAUGUAAAAGUUCCAGAAGGACAUUGCUGGGUAGAGGGCGAUCAUACUGGAAACUCUUUAGAUAGCAACACAUUUGGGCCAGUUUCUCUGGGAUUGGUAACCGCCCGGGCAACGCAGAUUGUUUGGCCGCCUUCCAGAUGGCAGAUCUUACAGUCACAGGUUCCCAAAUCAAGAUAUCCUAUUUCGUUAGGAAAAUCCACAUCAGGAGGCUGCAUCAAACAAACACUGCAAGCGCAGAAAAAAGAAUCGUGAGACCAGAAAUAUCAUUAAUGAAUUCCAAAUGAUUUUCUCUACCUCUGGUACGGAAAUGUGCAGAAAUUAUAGCAUCUUCAAAUUAGUGCAAUUUGCUCAAAUUUUUUUUUGUUAAAUAGUUUUAUAUUUAGUACUUUCAAAUAAAAUAUGAACCUGUGU